GGGCUUUCCCCUGCUUCUUUCUGCUCUUCUGCUUGCUUUUAAUUCAUCCCAUCUCUUUCUUUCUGCGACUGUCAUCUUUUGUAGUCUGUUUAUUCUUAUCCCGGUCAAUUGAAUCUCUGUCGUCGCCAUAAUGUCUGCUGGUUCAGUUCUUGUUACGGGUGGCACUGGCUACAUUGGCUCCUUCACCACCCUCGCUUUGCUCGAGGCUGGCUACAAGGUCGUCGUUACCGACAACCUGUACAACUCCUCUGUGGAAGCUCUGAAUCGGAUCGAGUUGAUCUGCGGCAAGAAGGCCGAGUUCGUUCAGCUGGAUGUAACCGAUGAGGCUGGCUUCGACAAGGUCUUCGAGGCCCACCCCGACAUUGACAGUGUCAUUCACUUUGCUGCUCUGAAGGCCGUUGGCGAGUCCGGCGAAAGACCAUUGGACUACUACAUGGUCAACGUCUACGGCACUAUCUGCCUGCUUCGCUCCAUGGUCCGUCACAAUGUUACCAACAUUGUCUUCUCCAGCUCUGCCACCGUCUACGGUGAUGCCACCCGCUUCCCCAACAUGAUCCCCAUUCCCGAGGAGUGCCCUCUGGGCCCCACCAACCCCUACGGAAACACCAAGUUCGCCGUUGAGACCGCCAUCACCGAUGUGAUCAACGCUCAGCGCAACAAUGCCACCAAGGCCGGCAAGGCGGAUGAGGCCGAGAAGUGGAACGCUGCCCUCCUUCGCUACUUCAACCCCGCUGGUGCUCACCCCAGUGGCAUCAUGGGUGAGGACCCUCAGGGUGUCCCCUACAACCUGCUCCCUCUUCUUGCUCAGGUUGCUACCGGCAAGCGUGAGAAGCUGCUCGUUUUUGGUGACGACUAUGCCUCUCACGACGGAACCGCUAUCCGUGACUACAUCCACAUUCUCGAUCUCGCCGAUGGCCACCUCAAGGCCCUCAACUACCUGCGUGCCAACAACCCCGGCGUCCGCGCCUGGAACUUGGGUACCGGCAAGGGCAGCACCGUCUACGAGAUGAUCCGCGCCUUCUCCGCUGCUGUUGGCCGCGAUCUUCCUUAUGAGGUUGCCCCCCGCCGCGCUGGUGACGUUCUCAACCUCACCUCCAACCCUACUCGCGCCAACAAGGAGCUUGGCUGGAAGGCCCAGCGUACCCUCGAGCAGGCCUGCGAGGACCUCUGGCGCUGGACUAAGAACAACCCCCAGGGCUACCGUCAACAGCCCCCGCCGAGCUGCUGGAACAGCUUAAGAAGUAAAUAAUCAUUGCGAAUGAAAAUAAGGGUCUAAAAGGUUCUCUGCGAGCGAGAAAGACUGGAAAAGUGCACGAGCGCAUUGGCUUAGACUUAUGAGGUAUUGUAGACUGAAAGAUACGAAUUUCCUUUUCUUGGUGACAUCUAUAUUAUAUCCCUUCGAUUUAGGUACAUAUUGCAGAAAUAAUUGGAUGUGUUGCCUUAAUC